GUGAUCGAGACAGGAAGGAGCACUGAAUGCUAACAAGGGGGAGAGUACAUGUCCACGGCGAGCGGAAAGGUGGGGGGGUUCAACAGAGAGAUAUGGAGAAAUGUAAUUAACCUGCAAUGUGCCAACGCCAAAUUCACGCCGAUCAUAACCAUCCUCGCCACCGACAUCCUCAUCACCACCACCAUCAAUAGCGCGAGCGUCCUCGUCUUUUUUCUCUUCAGUGAAAUGUAUCGGGACUCUAUGGGAUCCUUUUUCUGACAAUGGAGAUUGAGAAUAUCGUGGCCAACACCGUGCUGUUGAAGGCGAGGGAAGGAGGAGGAGGGAAACGGAAUGGGCGGAGCAAGAAAUGGAAGGAGAUGCUCAAACUGCCUCAUAUCAGUCAGUGUGAAGAAUUAAGACGCACUAUUGAAAGGGAUUACACAAGCCUUUGUGAGAAACAGCCAAUUGGUCGGCAGUUGUUUCGGCAGUUCUGUGACACUCAGCCCAAAUUGCGCCGGUGCAUAGAGUUCAUGGAUUCUGUGGCAAUGUAUCAGUUGGCUCCAGAUGAGAAAAGGAGAGACGUCGGUUUAAAUAUUUUAGACACAUAUUUUAAUAAUGGGUCGGCAGCUCAUCUACCAGAGAUUGCUCAGGACGUGGUGGGGGACUGCAGGCAGAAACUGGAGCAGACUCCCUGUAAAGAGCUGUUUCAGGGGUGUACCAGGAUAGUUCGUGAAUACUUAAGUGGGGCUCCGUUCUCAGCAUAUCAGGAGACAAUGUACUUCUCCCGUUUUCUCCAGUGGAAGUGGUUAGAGAGGCAACCUGUAACCAAAAACACAUUCAGACACUACAGGGUAUUGGGAAAGGGCGGAUUUGGUGAGGUUUGUGCCUGCCAGGUUCGUGCCACUGGUAAAAUGUACGCCUGUAAAAAGCUGGAGAAGAAACGGGUGAAGAAAAGAAAAGGUGAAGCAAUGGCAUUAAAUGAAAAACGCAUUUUAGAAAAAGUUAACAGUAGUUUUGUAGUUAGUUUGGCAUAUGCAUAUGAGACAAAGGAUGCGCUAUGUUUGGUGUUGACUAUAAUGAAUGGUGGUGACCUAAAGUUUCAUAUCUAUAACAUGGGAAACUCUGGCUUUGAUGAGCAGCGUGCAAUCUUUUACGCUGCAGAGAUUUGCUGUGGCUUAGAGGAUUUGCAUCGUGAGAGGAUCAUCUACAGGGACCUGAAACCUGAGAAUAUUCUCCUAGAUGACCGCGGGCACAUCCGUAUAUCAGAUCUAGGAUUGGCCGUCCAGAUUCCAGAAGGAGAGACGAUACGAGGGCGUGUUGGCACUGUGGGAUAUAUGGCUCCAGAGGUCAUUCAGAAUGAAAGCUACACCUUUAGUCCUGAUUGGUGGGGUUUGGGCUGUCUGAUAUAUGAGAUGAUUCAGGGUCAGUCUCCAUUCCGCCGUCGUAAAGAGCGUGUGAAGAGGGAGGAGGUGGACCGCCGUGUGUGCGAGGACCAGGAGGAAUACUCUGACAAAUUCUCUGAAGAUGCUAAAGGCAUCUGUCGACAGUUGUUAUGUAAAGAUCCAAAGGAACGCUUGGGAUGUCAAGGUAGCGGAGCUGCUGAAGUCAAACUGCAUCCCAUUUUACGCAACAUCAACUUCAAGCGAUUGGAGGCCAACAUCCUUGACCCGCCCUUCUGUCCUGAUCCACGUGCAGUGUACUGCAAGGAUGUUCUGGACAUUGAGCAGUUUUCUACAGUCAAAGGUGUAAACCUGGACCCUACAGAUGAUGACUUCUACCACAAGUUUGUAACAGGGAGUGUCUCCAUCCCCUGGCAGAAUGAGAUGAUUGAGAUGGAGUGCUUUAAGGAGAUUAAUGUUUUCGAGAUGGACGGAGCACUGUGUUCUGAUCUGGAUGUGAACAGGCCAAACCCAGCACCCAAGCGAGGAUUCUUCUACCGGUUAUUCCACCGAGAGGCAAGUGCUAGCGUGCCGCCCGCCGUGAUCAGAGGGGGUGGGGCUUGAGGUUUGUUUUAGAAGUGACAUCAGUGUCGAGGAGGAGGAGCCAUCUUGAUUUAAAACCACUCCCACUUCCCAUCAGCUGCCAAUCAGAAUGCUAAAUGUAUGAAUGUUCAACUGUAUUUAUGAACUUUAUUAAACUGUAUCAUAAUUAAAGAAAAGGGUAUGAGUUUAAAGAAUUUUGUACAUUUGUACUUGAACUAUGUGUAGAUGUAUAUUUUCACUAAAGGUUGUAUUGUACAAAAAGCCAUAGAAAUACCACUUGAAUGCACAUAUAUAAUGUUUUUAUUGUUAUUAUUUUUCAUCUGUAAUGAAUAUGAAAUGUGUAUUUCUUUUUAAGCACAAUAUCUACAUUCACGUUUGUUUUUAACAUUAACAUAUUGUUGGCACCGCCUUUGUUUGUUUGUUCGAUUGUUUGGCUUGAGAGAUUUAGGGCUCUCGUGUGCAGUGGGGUAAGAAAAAUCAAACAUAAAGCUAGUAAAAAACAAUUUAGUAUGACAUAAUGUCAUUACAACUAGUAUGUGUUUUUAAAGGCCAGUGCAGAUGUCUAGAGAGCAGGAUGACUGAUGGCCGAUAUAAUGCCAAUAUAUUCAAUUUAAUGAAGGUAGUAAAUACCUUCAAGACAUACACAGUAUUUACUCAUAAUUCACAAAAAUAAAAUUCGAAAACAGAAAGCAGUUGAUUUUGGAACUGAAACAAAACGGAGCUGAUCAGGCAAUAGUCCAAUGGCCAAAUAUCGGUUGAUUAAUCAGCUUGUCUGAUAUAUCGGUCUAUCACUAGUCAUCACCAUUGCCCAUACCAACUAUAUCAGUGCAUGAAACGGGGACCUUGGUUAUGUGCACCAGCUUCUUGUUUAGAAAGUCAUAAACAUCUUUACACUCCUUUGUUAUUUCCAUACGGCUCUGUGUGUAUGUUAAAUGCUGUCAGCUAAACAUUUCUUUCAGAUGCAGAGGACGCAGUGAUAUGGACAGGAACUUCAAUAGCAGAUACAAAUGCCGAUAUCUAGAGCAGGGUGGCCAAUAUAAUUACAAAAUAAGCAUCAUUCAAUUGGAAAAUUUCAAAUAAGACAUAAUAGUAAGUAAUUGUUUAUCUUAAAGCUGAAGUAUGUAACUUUUUCAGUUUUAAAAUACUUGCUUCAAUCCCCGUUUAUUAUGCACUAUAAGUAAGCCAUCCAUAGGUUUAUUUUCUCAAAAACUGUAAGCACUGUGUCUCUGUGGCACUAAAAAAAUUCCUGUGUUUGUUUUGAGCGAUCUGCCCCAACAACGUUACUCAACCAAUGGUGUGAGUUGGGGGCGGAACUAACUGACUGUUUGAACAACAGCAGAUGAGGGGCGAAUUCAGAAAGCUUGUUUUGAAAACAUUGUUUAUUUUUGCAAUUCCGUUCAGUGGCGCUAGUGUCGCAGAAAUGACAUACUUCAGCUUUAAGAAAAAAUAAAUAGUACUUAGAACAAGAAUGUUUAAAAUAAUGCACAAUUACUUGAGAUGAAGUCUACGUAAGGUGGGUCGCCCCCUCACGGCGACCGCCAUUUUGAGAUCACAUGACCAACCAAAUGCAACUCACUUUAUUUUAAUAACCCUUUUAGAAUCGGACAAUGAAAGUUAAUUCAGAACCAUUUUCUAAAGGAAUUGCAAAUUAAAUUUAAAAUCGAAUUUUCUAUUUGUGGAUGCACGCAUAGUAAAAUAAUUGAAAUGCAAAGACAAAUCGGUAUUUGUGUUUAAACAAGUAAAUAAUUACGUAAUAAUUUCCUAACGCUUCUUUAAUUAAUCAAGCGAGCAUGCUUAUUUGCCGAUGCAGAUAAUCUCAAAAUGUCCAAGUAUUGGCUUGGCCCUGCCAAUAUAAAUCAAUCUGCCAAGGUUUCAGUUUUGAUGGGAGGGUCAGGAUUGCUAUUUAGUAGUGUUAGACUACGAGUGUAGGUUGUUGUUUGCUCAUUUCCACUGCAUUUUGCUCAGUUGUCCUGACAUUUACCCAAAACUCCAUUGUUACCUUUAGUGCAAUCGGAAGGCUUUACAGUGGUUUAAAGCAGGCCAGUGUAAACAACCUAAAUAUGCUUAAAGGAAUAUUCCGGAUUCAACACAAGUUAAGCUCAAUCGACAGUGUUUGUGGCAUAAUAUUGAUUGCCACAGAAAUGUAUUUUGACUCGUCCCUUCUUUUCUUUAAAAAACAAAAAGCAAAAAUCUGGUUUCCAGUGAAGAACUUACAAUUGAAGUAAAUGGGGCCUAGCCGUAACUUGAGUCAAAUUUUUUUUAAUUUAUUUUUUUUAUUUUUUUUUAUGGUAAUCAACUUUAUGCCACAAAUGCUGUCGUUUAAGUUUAACUUGUAUCGAACUCGGAAUAUUCCUGUAAUCUUUACAUUUGUUCACAGGUCAGCUCUUAAAUGAGCUGUUGAUGUUGCCUUAGGUGUCAUAUCUUCAAUGAAUAUUUCAAAAUGAGUGUGAGUGUGUUUGUAUGCCUACCUGUAUGGCAGUGAGUUAAAGUGCAUGCACACGGACACUAUAGAUUUUUUCUAUAUGUUAAGCCUCAGGCCGUGAGACAUUUGGUGUGUGAUUGAUCUGGUAAUGCAAUCUGUUUGUCAUCAACAUGCAUAUAAACAUCACAUUAUCUUUAUGUUCCAUGUUAUUGCUUUUUGUUGCCUUUUUGUUUUUUAUUCGUUAUUUUUUGUUUUUAUCUUUUUGUAUGUAUUUUUAUGGCAUUAUUUGAAACACAAAAUUAAUGCUACCAUUCACAUUAAGACCUCUCCCCUGUAUCAUCAUUCCUAAACUAGUAAACAAACAAAAAUGGCAUAUAUUCUUACACCUCUUGAUUUUUCCACAAAUGCCUUUAUAAACAACAUUUUGUUUUCAUGCCAUUCUUUAAAGCUGAAGUGUGUCAUUUUUUUCAGUGUUGGUUAUAUCCCAGGUUAAAUAAUUAGAAGUAAGCCAUUCAUAGGUAAGCUAGUCGAUUUUCCCCAAAAAGUGUAAAUAUUGUGUCGCCUUGACCCUAUCAAAUUAUUGCUCUGUUUGUUUCAGAAUCCCGACCAACCCGACACAACAACAUUCAAUUAACCAAUGUUGUGUUUGGGACGGGACUAUCUGAUUGUUUGACCAAUAGCAGUUGGGGGACAGGAAAACAAAUUCCAUUCAAAAAUGACAUUAGUGGCACAGAAAUUGCACACUUCAGCUUUAACAUCUUUGACAUAAAAUUUAAAAUAGGAAUCAUGGUUUGCUGUUCACUAACAUUACCUCUAACUUGUCUUCACCGUGCAGUUUCUCUCUUUAUAAGGAUAAAAGGAGCUUUAUGGUCCCUUUUACAAAGCUGUGAAAUUAAACUCUUUUUCUCUUAUUCCCAUAUGUGUGCAUGCUCUACUGUAUCCAUGGUUUGACAAGAGGACGAGCAUUCACUUUAGUUGACAAUAAAAAUAUGUGUUGACUUAUGGCCAUUAAGAAGUACUUUUGAUUUCUGUAAAAUUCACAAGGUAGCUUAAAUAUUUAAAAAUGAUGCGCCUUUUUCACUUACAGUAUGUCCUCAUCUGUUUUUCUUCCCUGUGCGGUCACAUGUUUGAUUCAGAUACCCUGUAAAAUAUGAAAUGAAUUAAACUUACUCUUGACCUAUUUUGUGGAUCUAUAAAGUCAACCAAGUGCCAAAACAAGCCCAUUUAUGUGUAUUUGAUUGAAUUGUGCAUUUAAGUUACAGGUGAAUUGUAAUGUUUUUUAAUGUUCAUUUUUUUUUUUCCUGUACCAGCUUUAUAUGCUGUGGCUCUCAAACACUAUGGUGCGAUCAGAACAUUGUUUUAUUGAGCUUCCAGGCCACCCCAACAUUGGCUCGACCAAGGGUGUGAGUUUUGGGCAGGACUAUCUGUUUGUCCAACCAAUGUCAUAAAGGGUAGUGUUCAGGAAACAAACAAAUUUGCGACUAAAAAUUGAGUUUUGGUCUGUACAAAAAUGCUUUAGUUAUGAAAAUGGUUUGACUAUCUUACCCUUUUUUUCUACUGUUCCUGUGCACAUUUAUUUAUUUUUAUUUUUUUUUCAAUUCUAUCACUGUUAAUUUUUAGUUAAUGUUUAGUUAGAUAAAUACAGUUUGAAUGUCUGCACAAAGUACAGUUAUUUUUGUAUCAUUUUUAUUCACUGAUUAGUUGAUUAAGCAUACUAGCUGCAAGCUUAAGUUGCAUGCCAACUGGUGCCAACAUGUCAGAUACUGGGUGCCAUGAUGUAGAUUUAUGAUGUACAGAUCUGUCUUUCAAGCCACUGACGCCAACAGAACUCCUGUGAAAGAUCUGUCUGGUGUUGUACCAUACCUGACAUCUGGAAUUACUGUAUUAAAUGAUACACUGCCA